AAAAUAAAAAUAGAAAACCAUCAGCAUAAUGGCUUAACAAGAAAAGACAUGGUAGAUGUAGGUACAUUCAAGUUUCACAUAACUUCAAGUACUUCAAGAAAUUAAUGCAACUAGAUAUGCAUCCACUACAUUUAUUGCUGUUGCACAGAACAUCAUAUUUACAAAAAAAAUAAAUCUCAUGCCUACUGAAAGAAAACAUGCCUCAGAUAAAACUGCUUUAAGCCAUGUUUGGUUUGAACUUGCUAGGAGUUAGAUUUAAGAGCAGAAGCUCUAAUGCACCAAUUCAUAUUUGGCCACGGUAUCAGUAUCGGAUUUGAACAUGUUAGGAGUUAGAUAUAUCUUUUGUUAUGUUGAAUAUAUAAUUAUAUAUAGCUUAACAUACAAACUGUUAGGAAUAAAAGAGGGAGCAUAGGACCGAACGAUAUAUAGUGGCUAAUACCGAACGGUAGAAAGUUUAUGUUAGGAGGGAAUUCAAUAGAGAGAAAGUUGGUUAGUUGUUAGGAGAGAGAGAGAGAGAGUAUAAAUACUUCCAGAAUAGGGGAGAGGGGGAUUAGCAGAUAUUUUCCUUCAUAUAGACUGGACAUUUUCCAAUGGAGGAAGGGGGCUUCCUUCGGACAUAUAAUUGUAUUUCUCUUUAUAUACAUUAGAGAUUCAAUAAUAUACAUACACGUACUUUCACUUUUUGCUGUUUCGAGUGUUAUUGUGAGAAGAGAGUGUUUUGUUUGGUCUCCUGAACAAAGGAACCUAACAAGUUUGGUCCGACCUACCGGAUCUGUAUCGGAGGAGCAAACAGAGCACAGUGAAGAAGAAGAAUUGAGAGAAGGUUGAUCGUGAUUGAAUCGACAAUGGAAGAGUUGAAAGCGGAGAUGAGAGCGGUAACUCGCAAAUUCCAAGCGUUUAGUCGCGCUCAAGAACGACGAACCAGGAACCAGCAUCGGAGCUCCGAAGGAAGACGUGAUUCCGUCAACGCUGGAUGUAAACGAUGACCGCCAAAAAAACUGGGGGGAGGAAUCAGAAGAUGGCAGAGGAGAAGUUCAACGCAGUUGGAGGAAGCGCGUUGAACUACCAACAUUUGAAGGUGCGCAUCCAGUGGGCUGGAUCGCACAGGCAGAGAAACUGUUCGACCUCCAGAGCGCCACGGACAAAGAGAAGAUGAAGCUCGUCUAUAGAUGCAUGGAGUGAGGUUUAGCGAGUUUUUGGUUCCACUUCUGGUGGAAGAAAACCACGCAUCCGACUUGGAAGAUGUUCACCGAUGCUCAGACGCGGAGGUUUGGCGGAUUAAAUCGGGGUACCAUUUGUGAGGAGUUGGCAGCAGAGCGACAGGAGGGGAGCGUCGAGGAGGACAUCCAGGAGCCAUUUGAGGAGCCUUUGGUUCUGACUGCAGAAGAUAGGGUUGGUCCAAACAAAGAUGAAAUCCUGGGUAGGUGUGUCAUUCCUUUACACAAUGUGCAGAGGAGGUUUGACCAUAAGCCUGUGAACACAAGGUGGUUUAACCAUGAAAAACAUGUGGUUGUUGAAGGGGAAAAGAAGAAAGAGACCAAGUUCUCAAGUAGGAUACACUUGAGGGUUUGCUUGGAAGGUGGCUACCAUGACUGGGAAUCUGAGAACUGCAACAAGCCAGCCAUGAAGUGGAAGGAAUUUGGUGAGCUAUGCCAAGUGAAAGUUCCACUUUUGAGAAUUCGAUCAAGACAUGACAACAAAGAGAAAGUAGAGAUGAAGAGAAGAGCUAUUGUUGCUUGUCUUCAUCACAUUGGUGAGGUGAUUUAUUUUUAUGAGUUGGAUUUUCUAAUCUUAGAUUUUGAGUGGCUCUGUGGCGAAGUCCUUGGUCAACUCAUAAAGUUGAAUGUUAAGAAGCAACACUCUGAAAACAAUGUAUUUAUUAGUAGGAAGGAAUUAGAAAAAAUCUUAAGAGGAAGUUUGCAGAGCCCUAUUCCUGGUAUAGGUUCAAAGGUGUUUGAGAAUUUAGACGCUAGUGACCUUGUAAGGAUGAUGCUAAAACUUGAACUUAGUUAUGGCGAAGAUCCAUCAGAUCCAAAUUUCGUACGAUUGAUUCCUUCCAUUCUUGAAGAAGGCAGAGGAAAGCAUCAGAGGUGGCAGCUAAGCAUGCCAGACUGCAUUUACACAGGACGUCAUCUUGAGUGUGAUGAUUCAAGCCACAUGUUUCUAACUCCAGGUUUCUUCCCUCGUUUACAGGUGCACCUUCACAAUAGAAUAAAGGUUGUUAAGGAUCAGCAUGGUGCAACUUACAGUCUUGAGAAAUACCUUAUUUCAAUCAGCAUUAACGGAAUCUAUAGAAGAGUAGAACAUGGAGAGUUGGGUUACUAUAUUGAUGUCCUUGCAUGCUCCACCAAAAACCUGACAAAAACUUUAAGAGUCAUUCAUCAAAUUGUAAUCCCUGCAAUCCAAAGUGUUUGCCAAGGGAUCACCUUGACUGAGAAUGUCUUAAGACCUGAAUGUGUGAGAAGAUUGACACCUCCUAGAUACAGAAAAACUCAAUUUGCUCCUCGGCAGCAGCUGAAACAAGCACUACUUUCACUUCCUGCAGAAAGCAAGUAAAAUUAUUAACACACAUGGAGUCCAAUCCUAGACUUUGGAAGGCCUAUUCUCCAAGAUGAACUUGAUUUUGCACGAGACCUUUUAUCUGAUGAUGACUUCCGGGAAGUUUUUCAUAGAAGGUAUAAUGACCUUUACAAUCUUGCACAAAAGCUGCAAGUUCCACCUGAAAAUAACCCUGAAGGGCAAGGUCAAUCUAUAACCAUAAGAGAUGAAGCUGAAAGGAUUGAACCAACCUUUGGUGGCAUUGCAAAAGGGGUUGAAGAAAUUUUGCAAAGACUCAAGAUUAUUGAGCAAGAAAUCAGAGAGUUGAAACAGGAAAUCCAAGGGCUAAGAUAUUAUGAACAUAGACUUCUCCUUAAACUUCAUCACAAAGUGAACCACCUUGCAACCUUUAAUGUGCAGGUUGACGAGAGGAUAGUCCCCAACAUGAUAUAUUUUGUAAGGACAGAAAACUACACAAGAAGACUGGUCACCACCAUGCUUUCUGGCAUGAAUGCUCUCUGGCUUUACAUGUUAUGCGAAUUCCGGGGACAAAUGCAUGUUGUUGAAGAUCAGAUGGGGUGUGAAAUCAUGCAAGUUGAUAAUGCUGCUGUGAAGUCUUUGGCUCCAUACAUGAAGAAGUUCAUGACAUUGGUAACUUUAGCUCUUAAAAUAGGAGCUCAUCUUGCGGCUAGAAUAGGGCAAAUGAUACCUGACUUGAGUAAGGAGGUGGUGGAAUACAUGCUAGAUGUGAAUUUAGAAGCUACCUGUUUGGCAAUCCGUGGAGAAAUUAAAGGAGAUUGGAGGUAAUUUAGAAUAAGGCCCAUAGCUUUCUUUAGCAAGGUUUUAGCGGAAUCCUCCCUUGCUAAGUCCAUUUAUGAAUUGCUGGAAGUUAAUAGAAUUCAAGAAAAAUGGAAGAUAUUGGAGGAGGAUUUGCCACCACCCAAACCUCCAGACUUGAAUUGGAGGGCGUCACCUGGGAAGAGGAGCAUUACGACAAAUAACAGUUUCCUAACUUCAACCUUGAGGACAAGGUUGAUUUUGAGGGGUGGAAUAAUGUUAGGAAUAAAAGAGGGAGCGUAGGACCGAACGAUAUAUAGUGGCUAAUACCGAAUGGUAGAAAGUUUAUGUUAGGAGGGAAUUCAAUAGAGAGAAAGUUGGUUAGUUGUUAGGAGAGAGAGAGAGUAUAAAUACUUACAGAAUAGGGGAGAGGGGGAUUAGCAGAUAUUUUCCUUGUGGGUAUAGACUGGACAUUUUCCAGUGGAGGAAGGGAGGCUUCCUUGGGACGUAUAAUUGUAUUUCUCUUUAUAUACAUUACAGAUUCAAUAAUAUACAUACACAUACUUUCAUCUUUUGCUAUUUCGAGUGUUAUUGUGAGAAGAGAGUGUUUUGUUUGGUCUCCUGAACAAAGGAACCUAACACAAACACACACACAUAAACAUACACAUAUUGGGAUGGAGGGAUUCACUAAUACAGUCAUACGCAUUUUUUUAGUUGGAAUGCUUUAACAGCCAAAACCAAAAAUAUAGGACAAUUAUACAAUCAUCACUUUUAUUUUAAAUAAUUUAUUUAAGGAUAUUAUACGAAACUUUUACCCAACCAUCACCCGAAACUUCCUCCCAUGACUUUUUAAUCUACUAUGUGAUGACACUACAGCUAGCAAAGUUGUUGAUGCUGAUGAAGAAGAGAUAGCUGGCCUUCAGCUUGCAGAGCAUUGUCGGAGGUAGACAAAGUUGGGGAGGAAAGAGAGAUGAGGUAGAUGUUAGGCUUCAAUGGUUUUUUUAUUGGCAAAAGAACAAGGUGAUGGCACAAUAUUCAUGGUGAAUCCAGUUUGAGUUUGCUGCUUGAACAGGAAUGGGCUCUAGAAUGAUUCUGCCUUCCAAGAUUCAUUAGAUAGAUCUGGCGUUGGGUGAUGCAGAGCACAAAUUCCAUGAUUUUCCCUACUUCUCUUUUUUUCAUGCCAUUGUUCAUUUAGUUUUCAUUUCUGGUGAUUGAACCUAAUGUAGGCAAAUGACAGAGUGAUUCAAUUUCAUAUUCUCAAUUUCAAAUUCUUAGGAAAUGGUUUAGCCAAAACUCAAUCUUACUACAUCAACUCAUAAAGUGAGCAUUUCCCUUAUAUUAUGUAUCUUAGCACUAUCUCUAGACAAUGUAGACCUCGGGUUUUUCCAAUACACUAUCACAUCCAACACUAUUGGACUUGGUACAUGUAUAAUAUGGUGAUUGAUCCUUUUAAUGGAUUUAGGAUAGACUCUCCUCCCAUCUCAGAAAGUGGUUUAGGCCUAACUUUACUCUAUUAAAUCAGCUUGUAAAAUGAGAAUUACCCUUACUUGUAUUAUACCUUUUGGCACUAUCUUCAAUCAAAAUCGGACUUGAAUAUUUUUCGCAACAAAUUAUCUAAAGGAUAGGUUUUAAAGAACUGCAAUUCAUAAUUCAGAUUGAGAAAAUGAAAGUGAUCUACUAAUGAAUUGUUUAGGCCAUGUUUAGACAAGCUUCUAGAAACACUUCUAAGAGAAGAGUAAGAAUGAAAAAUGAAAUGAAUUUUUUCAUAAGUCAAAAUUAGUUUAUCGAUAAACUAAUUUCUAAAACUCUCUCAUAUAGUUUUCCUAAAUUCUUAUUUUUAACCUGUGCAUAAGCUAAUUUUAGUUUAUUGAAAAACU